AUGAUUUUAUUAUUUUUUUUAAUUCAAUUAUCAUUAAUAACUUGUGAUUUACAAAUACAUGAAACGGCGUCUGAAAUUAAAUAUCUAUUAAAUAAAUACAAAUCUUAUAGACAGAGUCGAUGUGUUGAUUCGAGUAAGGAAAAUUCGAAAUUGGAGAAAUUCGCUGUGAACACUUUCAAUUUUUUGGAGAAAACUGAAAGGUUUGGAGAAUAUUUGAAAUAUUAUAACGUGAGCGAUUGUCAUGUUAGUGAGAAUAGAAAUUCGAUGUAUAAUUUCCAACACAUAGUCGAUGGUUUAUUGAUAAAUAGUGAUGUGCCAGACACCCAUUGGGAUGAAUACAAAACGGCAUAUAAUAAGAUGUACUUAAGUACUCAUCAUGAAAAAUCUGCUCUGUCAAUAUGGCGGAAUAAUCUGCAACGUGUAGCGGAGCACAAUCAGCAAUACUUGGCUGGAGAGAAGAGCUACUCUUUACAUCUCAACCAUUUUGGGGACUGGCCAAUCUUCGCUUAUAUAAGACAGCUAUUGAAGUUAAUAAAAACUAUACCACUCUUUGAUCCAGCUGAAGAUCAAGAAAGAACUGCGUAUCAUGAAAACAAAUACCGCACUAUACCGAAUAGGUUUGACUGGCGUGCCCAAGGCUUUAAUCCACGGAGAGAGGAACAGUGGCACUGUGGGGCGUGCUAUGCGUUUGCAGUCACUCACGCACUGCAAGCACAACUCUACAAGAAACACGGAGAUUGGGGAGAACUUAGUCCACAGCAGAUUGUCGACUGUAGCUGGAAAGAUGGUAACCUUGGCUGUGAUGGGGGAUCCUUGCAAGCGGCUAUGAGGUACGCGGCCCGAGACGGACUUAUGAUGGAAACUUACUAUCCUUAUCUUGGGAAGAGAGAUCGCUGUCAUUACAAAAGGCAAGCGAUCAGGGCACGAGCUCGUCGUUGGGCAACAUUACCGAAGGGAGAUGAAGAUGCAAUUGAGACGGCCUUAGCAACUAUUGGACCCUUAGCUGUUGCCGUGAAUGCCGCUCCGUUUACGUUCCAACUUUACAGAGGUGGCGUUUACGAUGAUCCAUUGUGCGUUCCCUGGAAUUUGAACCACGCGAUGCUGCUAGUUGGAUACACGCCGGAGUACUGGAUUCUUUUAAACUGGUGGGGCAAGCAGUGGGGAGAAGAUGGGUAUAUGAGAAUUCGAAGAGGCUUCAACAUUUGCGGUGUAGCAAACAUGGCGACUUACGUAGAAAUAUAAAUAUUGUUUACUAUUUAAGAUAUAUCUACU